AUGAGUAGUUCCGUAAUGUUGUUUGCUUGCUCCAAAUGCUUCUCACGCCACCCGUUCGAGGAAUUAUCUCCGGGGCAACAACUUUGCAAGGAUUGUCGCGGAUCGUUUCCGGUGGUAAAGUGUACCUAUUGCCGCUCGGAAUUCCAGCAGACGUCCAAGGGUAGCACGUCAGCGAUCUGCCGAAAGUGCGAGGCAAACGUCAAACAAUAUGGAAAGCCCUCCGCUUGCGAGCUCUGCAAUAUUAUUGCUGCGUUCAUCGGAUCCAAAUGCCAAAGGUGUACAAACUCCGAGUUAAAAUAUGGACCAGCAGUAACGUGCGAUCAGUGCAAACAGCGGUGCGCCUUUAAUAGGCCCGAUUAUAAGGUUGAUGGCAAACUACUCUGCUGGCUGUGUACUUUAUCGUACAAACGUGCUCUCACCAAAGCCCGACAGGUAGAGAAUGAGCGACGACGGGCCAAAAAGCGCGCCGCUGAAGGAUCUUUCCCACCUCCACUGAGCGGUAGCACUGGAGUAACAGGAGGAAGUAACGAUCGACGAGAUCGUAUGCACGAUCGAGAAAAGAUCAGCUCCGCUGGUGGACAGGGCAACAGUGGAGGGCUAAAUUUGGCCGGUAGCGGCAUGUCCAGCCUUCCACCUCUUGGAGAUCUUAGUAUGGGUAUGAGCGGACAGGGAAGCGUCGGUCCUACGGGAUCAAGCGGUGUCGAUCGAAUCGAUAGCGGUGGCCCAGGAGGCGGAGGUGGCGGAGCUGGCAGCAACAACGGUGGACGAACGGACAAUGGGCGACAUUCGUCGUCGUCCAACAAAAAACCUCGCUCCGAUACGGGUAAAAUGAUACCGGAUAUGCCAGCGGAUAAGCUUCUCAUGAAAAGCGCCAAUAGUGGCAGCGGUGGUGGUUAUGUGGAUCCUCAUAGCUCGGACCACGUAAUUGCAAUGACACAGCUUAAAGAAACGAUCGCAACGUUACAGCGGAAGCUGAAGCAAAAAGAUGGCGUCAUACUGGAGAAGGAGAAAGAAAUCAGUGCCUGGAAGGGGAAGCAUUUUCAUCUUGAACAGGAACUAAUUAAAAAGUAUAAAGACAUGGAGAAAAAUUACGAGUUCAAACUCGACGUGCUGAAUAAAAAAAUAAAAGCUCAGCUUCUCGAGAUCGCAGCACUUUCGAAAGCCGUCAAGGAGCGAGAUGAAAGCAAAAAGAAAAAGGUAGUAAGCGGUUACUUGGCCACGACGAAAUUGAGCAAGCUCAGCAAAGCUUCCGGCGAUAUGAAGGACAACUCGGACAAGGAGAAAUAUUCUUCGACGCUCAGUCGGGGCGCUGGAGGCGGUGUUCGUAACCGGAUGCUUGAUGAUGACGACGGUGACGAAGAUGAUAAUAGCAGCAACAAAGAGGAUAAAGAGAACGACAGCGAAAAGGGCUCCGAUAAGGGCGGUUCUGGUAGGAACACACCGCGUGACAGCGGCAAGGAAAGCCCGCGAGAUGUUGACUCGGGAAAAGAAAGUCCUCGUGAUUCGGACAAAGAUGAUGACAGCGAUAAAAAGACUUCUACACGGACCAUGGAACAGCAGCAGCAGCAACAGUUACAAAACGAAGAUUCGCAGAAUGCCGUACAAACACCUCCAGGUGCGUACGUGGAGCAAUCGAAGGCCAAUAAAAGCAACGGUUCUUCCACGAAGGACGAAGAGGAUUCGGAUCGCGAAGAAGAAAAGGACGAUCGUCGUAGCUCAGAACGCGGAUCAGAUGUCGGAUCGGACCAGGGAUCAGAACGUGGGUCGGAUGGUGGUUCAGCAGAUCAUAGCGAUAAUGAAACAGACAAGGAAAGCGAUCGCGAGGAUCAUUCCGAUAAAGGUGGAAGCGAUAAAGAUAGUGAUCGAGAAGGGUCGAACAGUGGGUCAGAAAGCGAUCGUGAUUCGGACUAGACAAAAUUUCUGUAUACUGUGUAAAGGAUUCCCAUUUGCUGACGGCUUUGGACGGAUUCAAUCAGUUUAUAGCGAUGUUUGUGUACUCUAAUUGCUUUAAAAGUAUUUAAAUUGAACAAAACCAAACCCGCUUGUACAUAUGAGCUUCAUCUGAUUUACUUUUGCACUAUGUCCCGUUUACUGUUUACUUUAAUCUCGUUUAGUUGAUAAACAGAACUAAAUCGGGAUUGAAUUUCAACAUAAUUUACGCUGCUAUCGCAGAACGCUUGUAAGAUCGCGGUACGCCUUGGGCAGUUACGGAUAUAUAUAUAUUUUUAUAUUUUCCAUUAAGUUUUAUCCAAUACCAAAAUCGGCCUCUCCUCGAGCCGUUUAUCAAAACCAUCUGUAAAACUGUCGUCGAUUUUGAAAAUGACCCUUUUCCUCAGGUACAUAGAAUGACCAUUAACAGCUAAUAGAAUGUCAAGACAGGCCAAGAAAAUGAUGUUCGAAAUUAAAAAUGAUGUUUCUAGCCAAUCUAACGCAAAACUAUGGUAUGCUUGGGACUAAGAUGGGAGAUUUUCCUGGAGCAUAUAUCGCUGUAAACAUUGCUCAUCGUUCUAAACAGUACGAUGAGAAAACAAAUUGUAUGAAUAAAGAUU